AUGAGUUGGUCUGGAGGAGAUUGGAUGUGUGAUGCUUGCCAGCACAUAAAUUUCAAGAAGAGGGAUUCAUGUCAAAGUUGUGGAUACCCCAAAUUUGGAGGUCCUGACCCAUCAACUUAUAGGUACAACUGGACUGAAGCAUUGGCAGGGGAUUGGUAUUGCACCGCUAUGAAUUGUGGAGCUCACAACUAUGCUAGCAGAUCAAGCUGCUAUAGAUGUGGUGCAUUGAAAGAUGAUUAUUCUUGUGGAUUUGGGACAAAUAUUGAGGCCUCUGGAGGUGGAUCUGAUAACAAUUUUCCCCCAGGAUGGAAGACUGGUGACUGGAUUUGCACUAGAAUUGGCUGUGGAGUGCAUAAUUAUGCUAGCAGGACAGAAUGCUUCAAGUGCAAAACACCAAAAAAAAUUGGUGGUGCAUACUGACAGAAGAAAUUUCAACUGUCACUGACUUCAUCAUGUCUUUCUUCCGCAAACAACAUUCCAUCUAAUUUUCCCUAGUUAAUUAAGGUCUUUGUUGAAUAAACGUUAAAUGUGGAGUUAUGUGUCAGUUUAAUUUUUAAUGGGUUUAAUUCAGCAAUCAAUUUAGUUUUU